AUGGCCGUCAUUCAGCUAAGAAGAGGAUCCAGGAGUCUCUUCUACAAGAUGACCCAUAACGAAGCACAAUUCAAAGAGUGCGACUUCCUCAUGAAGAAGAUGGUCAAAAAUGCCCUGCUUGGGAAAUCUGGUGGAGAAGAUAUUCUGGAAGAGUAUAAAUCAGAAAAAUCACUAAAGCACUGCACCAGGAGGCAACUUGUCAACAUACUGGCAAGUCAUAUGACUGAGAGACAUGGCCGGAUUCCCACCCGUCAACAGAGGGAGAAGUAUGCGCUGGGAAUCAUCACACUUUUUCCUGCACUGAAGGAUCCAUUCUCUCCGAAAGGCUAUGAGCAUUUUUAUGAUGCAGAGAAAGGCACUGGAUAUUUGGCGUGGCGUCUGAAGACAAUAAGCAGGGCUACAGCGAAGAGGCCAGCAAAGGAGCCAUCCGUACCUAAAGACCAAGGGCCAAAAUGGAGAAGACAAGCGACAACUCUGCCUGAGCAGCUAGAUGGUGACUACUGCAGAGAACCCAUUUCGUUCCUAAUUCACACCCCUGAGGAAGCAAGUGUGCUGGAGAAAAUGAAGAUGACGCUUCAAUAUCGGCAGGACUUGGUCCAUGACCCACAAACCCGCGCAGAUGUCUUCAAAACAUUCCCACGCUUUCUGGAUGUCAAAGGACUCGUAAAUGAAGACUUCACCCUGCUGUUUGGUGCUGAAACAAGUUCCAAGUUGCUUAACAAGUGGGAUACAACAUUCAAGCUGAAGAUCAUCAAGGAGGCCACCCAGCUGACUCCAUCUACUGAUCUGUGUCGUCUAUUAAAAGCGGCUGAGAGGCACCCAGAGAGUGAUGACUGGGACAGUGACAUGGCCACUCUCCUGCUGCUACUCCAUCUUUUGCCCCCCAUAGUUGGAUGCAAGAAGAGGACCAAGAUCAGCCCUACUGAUGCAGCGGAUAGAAUGGUGCUUUUCCACAAGUCAUGCAGCAGCAUAGCGGAACGUCGUUUCGAAGUCCGAGAAGGAAAGCAGCCAUUCAUCAUUGCAGUUGGCCGUGCUCGUAACAAGAUCGACACCUACUACAUUGCUGUUGACAAACAGCUCAUUCCAUGCCGUGAUACCAGCUCACUGGGUGCGUUUGACGAACUUUUCAAAUGCCACUACGUCUUCAACCUCUCGUAUGAUGAGUCGCUGGUUCAGCUCUACACUUUUCUACAGACCGCUGUAUUCAACAUCGAUGUAACCCGCACAUGGGUGUCACCACGUGUCCGUGAGUUGCGCGCCAAGAUCUUGAAUGACAAUGUUUAAACAUGUUCUCCGUUAAAGCCUUGCAUACCACCAUUCAGGUUCAAUAAGCCACUUGU